UAUUCGACACAUCUUGAUUCGGAAAUAUUUGUGUUUAUUGGUGUGAUGUGGAAAAAGUGAUUCGAGACCCUUUAAGGACUAUUUAGGAUUGAUCUUGCACUAUAACACUUUACGUAAUAUGUUAGCGAUACGAUUUCAUUCGAUUUCCAUGGUUGCCGCACGAAGAAUAUUGGUUCCGGUAACACGAAACCUCGGUAUAAGAAAAUUGGCAACAGGAGCUCGUCAAAAUAAGCCCGGCGGAACUAUAAGUUUGGCGUUGAAAGGUGUCAUGGUCGGAGCAGUAAUCGGCACUAGUUGGUCCGGCUAUAACUUCUUUAAAGGCAGUGGACCUACAGAUCACAUGCUGCACGAGCAUGUUUACCCUGUUGUUCUGGAAAAACUUCCAGAUGUAAAAAUAGUUCGCAAAAUAGUCAAUGAAAGCGAUGAUUCCGGUUUGGAACUGUUUUUGUUUCAAUUUCAAACGUGUCCCUUUUGCUGCAAGGUGCGGGCAUUCUUAGACUAUAGCGGUCUAUCUUAUUCCGUCGUCGAAGUAGAUGCUGUUCUGCGCCAAGACAUCAAAUGGUCGAAGUCAAAAAAAGUACCGAUUCUUUUGGUAAAAUCCAAAUCCGGGAAAUACAUUCAGCUCACCGAUUCCAGCAUGAUUGUGUCAGCACUUUACAGUCACCUUCGUGAUAGAAAUUGUGACAUCGAACAACUAGUCCAAUACUACCCAACGAUAUCUUACGAAAACGACAUGGGCCGAAAGGUUUUCGAAAUCAUGAAUAGGUAUUUUUUAAUGUGCAAAGAUCACACUGUGAAAACAUCGGUCAACGAUAUACAAGAGGAGGAACGGAAAUGGCGUGUGUGGGCCGAUGAUCAUCUAGUACAUUUGAUUUCUCCUAACGUGUAUCGCAGUUUUGAUGAGGCCUUCGAAACAUUCAACUGGUUUUCUGAUGUCGGCGAAUGGAAUAUACACUUUCCUAAAUGGGAAAGGGAUCUCAUGGUUUAUGUAGGUGCCAUUGCCAUGUGGGCCAUCGCAAAACGGUUAAAAAAGCGUCACCAGUUAAAUGAUGAUGUUCGAUCGCAUAUUUACGACGCCUGUGAUCAAUGGAUUGCACAGGUAGAGAAGAAGAAAACAACAUUUCACGGGGGAGCGAAACCAAAUUUAGCUGAUUUGGCAGUUUUUGGAAUUUUAAAUAGCAUGGAGGGAUGCCAAGCCUUUAAAGACUGUUUAGAAAACACCAAAAUUGGUCCAUGGUUCUAUUCAGUUAAGAAACAGAUUCUUGAAAACCGCGGAAGGGUUAUUUAACCGUAUUUAUACACAAUCAAACCGUAUUUAAUACAAUCGAUUUGAUGAAAUAAAGAAGCAAUCCGUUAUUGAAAUUAUUCCAUC